CUCACGACUCAAACUCCACACGGCAGUCCGGAGCGGUCCGGAGGGUGAAUGGUGAACUCUCAAUUCCGUCUUAAAUUUGUGUAUUCUGAGUGAAUGCGAAAACUUAGAAUUCCGAGGACUUCAUCAUAAUUCUUUACAAGACCAUCUUUUAAUUUAAAAAAUAUCAAAAUGUCUAACUUCGUGCUCUUUCAAUUAAGAAAAUCAACAGUUGCAUUGUCGGCAAUCAGUCAGCUCUCUCAAAGGUUGCAAAGUACCUCAAGCCAGGUGGUAGUUCGGGAGAAAACAAAGAGGGAGCAGAAAAGGGUAGUGCCUCCAAAUUACCGUCACAUCUACCCAGAGUUUCUUCCUGACCCUAACAUGGAGUUUAGAAACUCUGUCAGGGAAAAGCUGGAGAGGACUGAUAUGAUCAAUCGUCGAUCCAGAAUAGAAAUUCCCGAAUUCUACGUCGGCUCCAUCUUGGCCGUCACCAGUUCAGACGAGCACGCAGUUGGCAAAACCACCAAAUUCGUUGGCAUUUGCAUUCAACGAGAAUUUUGUGGACUCCGAGCAAAUUUCACCCUGAGAAAUGUUGUCGAUAAUCUUGGCGUGGAAAUCAAGUAUGAAAUGUACGACCCUCGCCUUCAGAGAGUGCAAGUUCUACGCUUGGAGAAGAGACUUGACAGUGAACUGCUUUACCUUCGGGAUGCAGAUCCAGAGUUCAGUACCUUCCCGUUCGACAUGGAUGCAGAGUUUCUCAACGAGGGCGCUCCUGUGCCGGUUAAUCCUUUGAAGGUCAAUUUGAGACCUCCUCCCUGGUACGCCAGAUGGGAAAGGCUACAGCCCAAAGGCGCCAUCAUUCCUGAACUGAGAGGAAGGCGUAAAGAGAAGUCUGAACAGUGGCUGGAGAAGUUCUCUGAGCCUUGGGAGAAAUAUGACUUGAUGAAGCAGUAUAGGAAAACUAUUCCGGAAGAAGAGCAGGACUCUAUUUAUUCUGAUAUCUACUCUGAGCUGCAUCAAAUGGAAAUUGCCAGCAAAAAAUUGAAGAGGAAAAAGGCAUUUGUAAAACCAAAGAAAACUGGAUAAUUGAUGCUUUUUUUGCUUCUGUAGAAAAAUAUAAAUAUAAUGUUGAAGAUUCUUCAA